CUCGUCGGAAUGAGGAGGUCGGGUCUCUAAAGGAAGACCAAGACGGAGCAGCAACAGUAUCUACAGCUUGUCAGCAAUGUGUCAAGUCUGAAAACUCUGAACAACGGAAAGAAGAUGUAAACCAAGAACAUGCAUCUGUGACUCCCCUGACCCCUCCAAUCCUGCCUCCAGUCUACCCCUACUUUCACUAUCCACCCCAUCAACCCAUGUACCCCUUUUUUGGCCAUCUACCCUUUCAACCAACCUGGAGAACCAAGCAGCACGUACCCAGCUCCACAUCAACACCACCACCACGGACCUCCACCAUGACGACGACACCAGCCACAUCCCCCAACCCAACAGAAACUCCCUCCCCAGACUUUCUCGGGUAUCCCCUCCAGAACGUCUACUACCACCCUUACUAUUUCUACCACAACCUCUACGGUGGACAGCAGCCCUCGGACCCUUCGUCUCCGAAUGGAGAUCAUCAAGGUUCACCUGAGGUGUCCCCUGAACAACCGUUCCAAACAUCUGCUUCACCGACCGAGCUGGGUCAGCCCGGUGACCCGGACCCGGACCGCCACCAGUACUCUGAUGCAGAUGAUCCCUCCUUUGAGGACAUGCAACUUAUUCCCCACGCUGAGGACCAACACGCCUCUUCCACCAUCCUAGAAUCGACUUCAGAUGCAGACGACUUCCCUCCUUACCAUUACUACCGGUAUUACCAGCCCACUGAGCCUCUAGGUGGGGGUUCUUCUGGAAGGGAGACCUCUGUACCAGAUGGCCAGGUUGACCUGGACUCGGCCGCCGAGGACUCGGCCGCCGAGGACACUGUGGGAAUGGACCAGUACCAAUCCAUGUCUAACGGUGGCGCCUUAAGCCCAGAUAACGCUGCACAGCGAGACUGGUUUAGUCCCUUCCAGCCUCUGGACAUGAAGCCACAAGGGUGGCAAGAUUGUGCUGUAGGGCAGCACCUCGUCUUCAGAGUCCCCCACUGUGUGAAGGGACCCGAGGUGUUCUCUGACGGUGAGUCCUCAGACAGCGGCAAGGCAUCAUGCACUCCCCAGAGGCUGCCGUGGAACCCCCAACUCUACGCUGUGCCACUGCAGGGCUGCGGGGUGCGCACACAGAUUGAAGGUGAGGACACGGUCUACCAGCUGGAGCUCCAGGCCAUCAUCUCUCUUCCGGGAGACCAAGCCCCUCUGCAGGGCAUCCCUGUGAGGUUUACGGUGGAAUGUCGGUCCUCACCCGACGGGUCAGAUUCAGUGACUCUGGAGGUCGUGAAUCCGACCCUGGUCAGGCCUGUCCAGACCACAGAGCCCCCUCUGGUCAUCCAAACAAAAAUCGCCACAGAUGCCUCGUUCACGGAGUUCCUCCCGGAGCUCCACCGGCCCCUGAGCUCGCUCCAGGGCCGGCCCCUGCACCUGGAGGUCAGCGCCCUGGGAACGGGCUACAGGCUGCUGGUCCACUACUGCCUGGCCUACAUCCAGACCCCCCACCCUGCCUGGAUGCUCCUGUACCAUGGGUGUUGGAGCCAGACCCCUCUAGGCCUGAGCCAGCCGACCCCCUCCGCCCUGAGAAUCACCGUCCCCCACUUCCUGGCCUCGCACCCCUCCUCCCAGCCACCCAGCCAUGGACCUUCUGAUACGAAGGACACUGAGGUGUUCUUCCUGUGCUACAGCCAGGUGUGUUCCGAUGCUGCCAACUGCUCACUUCACUGUCGACCAGCUCUACCGCAAUAAGACACUUUCCAGUGUAAUAACACCAUGUAAAGAUAUGAAAGUGAAUGAUGGAAAUAAAGACGGGACACUAGA